CUGUGCGUUUCUGUGUGUGUGUUGCGUGAUGCUGAUGACGCGAUGAUCCGCAAGCCAUAGAGGGAUCGAUGGAGACUAGUAUAGAUGGAGACAUACCGAUAGAGGGAGGGAAGACAUCGUGGCACUAGAACUAUAGUUUAUGGGAAUAUCAAGUAGAGAGAGAAAGAGAUAAAUAUAGCUUCAACAACGAGAGAGAUAGAGAGAUAGUGUGAGAGAGAACACGAGCUGUGAAUUCUCGGACGACAUGAGAUCUCUACAUGAAUAGUAUAAAAUGCUUUAAAACUCAGCGUUUUGCCUUACAAACGUGUUGUCCGAAGACAGCCACUAAAACAGGACUACACAUCAAGUUCAGGCAGUAGGGGGCAGCAUGCCUGAGCAGAGUAAUGACUACAGGGUGGUGGUGUUUGGAGCGGGGGGAGUGGGGAAGAGCUCCCUGGUCCUACGCUUCGUUAAAGGCACCUUCAGGGACACCUAUAUUCCCACUGUGGAGGACACCUAUCGACAGGUGAUCAGCUGUGAUAAGAGUGUGUGUACGCUCCAGAUAACUGAUACAACAGGCAGUCACCAGUUCCCUGCCAUGCAGAGGCUGUCCAUAUCUAAAGGACAUGCCUUCAUACUGGUCUACUCUGUAACCAGCAAACAGUCACUGGAGGAACUCAAACCUAUUUACCAACAGGUAAUAGCCAUAAAGGGGAACAUAGAGGCCAUCCCCAUCAUGUUGGUGGGCAACAAGAGUGAUGAGACCCAGAGAGAGGUGGAGACUAAAGAUGGAGAGGCACAGGCGACCACGUGGAAGUGUGCGUUCAUGGAGACGUCAGCUAAGACCAACCACAACGUGACCGAGCUGUUCCAGGAGCUGCUCAACCUGGACAAGAAGAGAAACAUGAGUCUCAACAUCGACGGCAAACGGUCCGGGAAACAGUCCAGAGCUGAGAGACUGAAGGGAAAAUGUAGUGUCAUGUAGAGAGGAGGAGAGGAGAGAGGGAUGGAGGGAGGGAGGAAGGUAACCAGGAAGACAGAAAGUGCGAGGAUAGAAGAGAAGGAAUGGGGAAGAGAAAGGGAAGAGAGGGAGAGAAAGAGAAGAGAGUGAAGAGACCUCAGGACCACUGGUGGGUUCUAUACCUCGCCCUCUCAGUAUCCUCCUCUCUCGUCUCCUGUCUGCCUGACCAGGGUCCUAACCCUCUAUACAGUCCCACUGUAGUUAAAAGAUUUGGGGGGGUAGUCUGAACAUGACUCAAACCCACAACCCUGCAUCUGUCAGCAUCAGUCCAACACCUCAGCCAUUACGCCGUGAGGUCCCAACCUCUUGGCGAGGUCACUAGAUGUUACACUAGGGACACUCCAACAUAAUGUACAUAUCCUAUGUAUACAUGGCCUCCCUCCCUAGCACCUCUGAAAGAUACAGACAGUAUACCCCCUAACCUUCUCUGUCAUCAUGCAAAAUGGACAAUCCUCUUAACUCGUCAUUCAAAAUGGCUUUUAAAUCAUUAUUUGAACUGCAGAAAUGUUGAACUUGUGACAUCAAUAAUCCCUCUAAGACUUUAGCUCAGUGUUAAAACAAGGGAAGGACAGAGGUUCACGUCUGACCUGGAAUCCGAGGAAAGGGUACAUGGGAAAGAAACUGGACUGAAAUGUUAGAAGUCUGCCUGGGUCACUUGGUAGUUGGACUGAAAUGUUAAGAAGUCUGCUUGGGUCACUUGGUAGUUGGACUGAAAUGUUAAGAAGUCUGCCUGGGUCACUUGGUAGUUGGACUGAAAUGUUAAGAAGUCUGCCUGGGUCACUUGGUAGUUGGACUGAAAUGUUAAGAAGUCUACCUGGGUCACUUGGUAGUUGGACUGAAAUGUUAGAAGUCUGCCUGGGUCACUUGGUAGUUGGACUGAAAUGUUAGAAGUCUGCCUGGGUCACUUGGUAGUUGGACUGAAAUGUUAAGAAGUCUGCCUGGGUCACUUGGUAGUUGGACUGAAAUGUUAGAAGUCUGCCUGGGUCACUUGGUAGUUGGACUGAAAUGUUAAGAAGUCUGCCUGGGUCACUUGGUAGUUGGACUGAAAUGUUAAGAAGUCUACCUGGGUCACUUGGUAGUUGGACUGAAAUGUUAAGAAGUCUGCCUGGGUCACUUGGUAGUUGGACUGAAAUGUUAGAAGUCUGCCUGGGUCACUUGGUAGUUGGACUGAAAUGUUAAGAAGUCUACCUGGGCCACUUGGUAGUUGGACUGAAAUGUUAAGAAGUCUGCCUGGGUCACUUGGUAGUUGGACUGAAAUGUUAAGAAGUCUGCCUGGGUCACUUGGUAGUUGGACUGAAAUGUUAAGAAGUCUGCCUGGGACACUUGGUAGUUGGACUGAAAUGUUAAGAAGUCUACCUGGGACACUUGGUAGUUGGACUGAAAUGUUAAGAAGUCUGCCUGGGUCACUUGGUAGUUGGACUGAAAUGUUAAGAAGUCUACCUGGGUCACUUGGUAGUUGGACUGAAAUGUUAAGAAGUCUACCUGGGACACUUGGUAGUUGGACUGAAAUGUUAAGAAGUCUGCUUGGGUCACUUGGUAGUUGGACUGAAAUGUUAAGAAGUCUGCCUGGGUCACUUGGUAGUUGGACUGAAAUGUUAAGAAGUCUGCCUGGGUCACUUGGUAGUUGGACUGAAAUGUUAAGAAGUCUACCUGGGACACUUGGUAGUUGGACUGAAAUGUUAAGAAGUCUACCUGGGACACUUGGUAGUUGGACUGAAAUGUUAAGAAGUCUGCCUGGGUCACUUGGUAGUUGGACUGAAAUGUUAAGAAGUCUGCCUGGGUCACUUGGUAGUUGGACUGAAAUGUUAAGAAGUCUGCCUGGGUCACUUGGUAGUUGGACUGAAAUGUUAAGAAGUCUGCCUGGGCCACUUGGUAGUUGGACUGAAAUGUUAAGAAGUCUGCCUGGGUCACUUGGUAGUUGGACUUUGGUUGGAUGGACGAUGGAGUGGACUUGGAACAUGUGAAGAGUUAUUAGAAAAGUUUGUUGUGGGAUUUGGACUGGGAAUACUGUGGAUGAUGUCGUUGGGAAUGUUUGCGUCGGUUGGCUUUGGUCCUUGUUGUUUCAUGUGAGGAGCCUUUCUGUUGGUCUUGUGUUUCCCAUGCCAAGCAGCUGAAUCCUCUUCAUACACAGAGAGGAUGGAGUGACGACUCUACUCGACGGAGGAAAGACACUCGAUUAGUUUUAUGCCAUGCAAAUACCAUCACAUUGCACUUAAUGUCACACAUACACACACAAAUAUAAAUGCACACGCACACGCUUUUUGGAGACCAUUGGUCAUUCACCAAGUGUAUUCCUACAUAGUAUGUAAAUGAAAAAGGAGUGAUAUUAUUAUGUAAAUGUAAUUAUAUCAUUGUCCCAAACACCUCUAUUGGUUUAUGUAAAGCAAUAAGGUUGUUUGUCAAAGUACAGAAUAUAUACUCCAGGUGGAAGUUGACCCUAACCCGCAGAUCUAGGAUCAGCUUACUCCCCAAAUCAUAACUUUAACCAUUAGGGGGGAAUGCAAAACUGAUCUUAGAUCAGCAUCUAUGGACAAAGUCAUCCUACUUCUUACUAUACAGGAGAGCUAAAAGCACAAUCAUUUGAUUGACGUUUUUGUUUUUUGUUUUACCAUAUUCCGUUAUCUAUCUUGCAGAAUAAAUAACUGUCAAUAUAUUUUGAACAGAGGUGGGGGAAGGAGGGAGGAGCUAUCCAGUGGUUAUUAUUCCAGGUGACUUGUAAUGUAUACAGUGUACGGUAUUUAAACGUGUGUUAAGGUCACCAUAAGGCUGUGGAUUGGUUAUAUAGCACGGUAUUGUAACGAAACAGACAAAAAGGUUAACCUGCAUCUCAAAUGGCACCCUAUUCCCUAUAUAGUGCACUACUUUUUUAUGCUCUGAUCUAAAGUAAUUCACUAGUAAUUCACUAUAUAGGGUACCAUUUAGAACAUACUAUGUGAGGGAACCCAGAUCUAAACUGUCUUUCUGGAAUAACACCGUUGGACCCAAAGAAGUAGAAAACACCACUUCAUAUCUCUCUCUAAUAAAGAAGUAGAAAACACCACUUCAUAUCUCUCUCUAAUAAAGAAGUAGAAAACACCACUUCAUAUCUCUCUCUAAUAAAGAAGUAGAAAACACCACUUCAUAUCUCUCUAAUAAAGAAGUAGAACACCACUUCAUAUCUCUCUCUAAUAAAGAAGUAGAAAACACCACUUCAUAUCUCUAAUAAAGAAGUAGAAAACACCACUUCAUAUCUCUCUAAUAAAGAAGUAGAAAACACUACUUCAUAUCUCUAAUAAAAAAGUAGAAAACACCACUUCAUAUCUCUCUCUAAUAAAGAAGUAGAAAACACCACUUCAUAUCUCUCUAAUAAAGAAGUAGAAAACACCACUUCAUAUCUCUCUAAUAAAGAAGCACUGAACUGAUUGAGUUUCAACCAGGGAUUGGAGUUCAUUUUCAAUUCAGAAUAUUCAUUGAAAUUCUGUUCAUGAAAGGAAAAAUCUGUGGGCAAAUCAAUGGGCAAAUUGAAUAGACUGAAUUAGAAAGGGAAUGGUCCCCAUCCCUGGUGGACACAGUGUAUUGGGUAUUGAGAAGGUACGUUGUGUUGCUAUGUGCUGUGUUAUACUUAUGGCUCAAAUGUUUUGCUGACCUCAUGACCUGACCAGGAAAACGCUGAUCCCCAGUCGUAGGCUAUAGCUAAGGCUCAGGGUUGUUCCUGUUCAGAUCACAUGCUCAGGAAAAGGUCCUGGAUCUGAUUAGAAGACAGUGUUAUAGUGCAGUAUUACAUUAGAACUAUAAUAUAGUAUUCAGUCAUCUAUUAUUCAGACCAGAUUGACAAACCCCUCAUUUUAGUGAAUUAUGUGGAACGUUCUACAUCAAAUAGUAUCAAACUAGUAUGUUGUGUGUGUGUGUGUGUACAGUGCACUCAACAGUGUUAGUUUGAAUCAGCACAGACACCUUUCCCCCAUCCUCCCACAAUAUUCACUGUGUGUUAAUGCAGUUUUAUGAAGUGUCUGUCAGAGGUUCCCUGUGGAGAUGACCCACACGUUCUGCAUGAGUCAGACUGCUUAGGCUCAUACACACACACACACACACACACACACACACACACACACACACACACACACACACACACACACACACACACACACACACACACACACACACACACACACACACACACACACACACACACACACACACACACACACACACACACACACACACACACACACAUGUACUGUACACAGUACACACACACACACAAAUACACAGGCAUACCAAGCAGACAGCGAGCAGUCCUCUGUGCCACAGAAACCUCAUUAUCUGCGUCUCACGUCUCACCCUAUCCCAUGAUGUGAUUCUGAUCAAAAGUAGUGCACUACAUAGGGAAUAGGGUGUCGUGAGGUUUGCACAUUCUCUUUUUCUGCACUACUGUGUCACCCUGUAACCCGUCUGUUGUACGCUUCCUAUUAGUUUUACCACUCCCCUUCACUGCACAUCUGUACAUAGCUGUAAAUAGCAAUUAGAGUUAUAUAGCUGGAGGUGGAUAUAGAGUCUAUAGAGGACUUAGGAACGUUAGGGAAUGGUGACAUCAUGGCCCCCUUUGCCCUCUUCAAAGAAUUGUGGGUAGUGUGGUUCUCUUAGGGGUGAAAAGAUAGAGCUGCCAACUGUGAUUCCACAAAAUGUUAUUAUAAUCAGAGAAGGGAUGGACCCUGAGGAAGAUCGCUCACCUCUUUGGUGGAACACCUGGGGGACUGGCCAGAGCCAAAAUGGGCGGAGUCCUCCAGAAAUUAACCAAUGAGAGGGUUUCUUUUUUCGCGUGUGUAGUUUAGUGCUGGAUCCACACACCAAACUAGACUUUCCUCACAAAUAUAUCAAUAACAUGAUUUACGUGAAAGUCUGAUUUUGUUGUAUGUCAAGUUAGGAAUGGGUUCAGAGAGCAUUCCUAUAAUGACUCAGGAAUGGACAAAGAGGCUGCUGUAUGGCUGAACCAAAACCAAGAUAGAAGCACACAGAACAGAGCUGAUAUGAUUCUAGAAAAGAUUAUACAAGCCAGAUAGUUGUCUGUUCUACGUAGUUUCUAUCUGAAAAAGCCCCUACAGCCUUUCACUGAUGUAUGUUAUCAGAAAGUCAUGUAGCUGGAAACUGGGUACUGGUCAUGUUGCAGAAGAGAAGUGACACAAAGGACUAUGGGAAGAGUAGUUCAUUGAGUGUAGUUUAUCAGAAACAUGUUAUAUAAACUCAAGCCUUCCAGGGAUGCAGUUUGGAAUCAUACUCAAGCCUUCCAGAUCAUACUAUCAGCCCAGAAACAACUCAUAGCCCCUAGAAGUUAAAAUAUCUGAAGGGACUGGAUAGGGGACAGGGUUAACUAUUAGGCUUUGAGGAACUUCCGCCAUAUCGUUUACGCUUGUCUGCUCUGCCAAACACAAAACGUGGAAGUGCCUUGAAGUUGUUUUUGGACCGGGCCUCUGAGGGGUGCAAUGACUUCUGGGUAGUGUAGUUCUACUAACCUCCAUCUCUGUCCUUCCCUUCCUGCAUGGCCCCAAUAAGUGUUCCUCCCAGCCAGCAUGAGAACCAAUAAGGACGCAAACUGUGAAAUUAACAUAUUUGUAUUUUAUUAUUAGAAUUAUUCUGCAUUAAUAAUGGCUUUGGUUUGAAAAGGGUAACUGUUUUUAAUCUCUUAUUGUUUUUGUAAACAUGCAUUUUGUUUGGACCUUUUUUUAACAUCACGAUCAUGUAUAGACAUUUUAUUAUUUAAUUUUUAAUAUAGUUAUUAUUAUAAUUAUUAUAGCUAUUUAUUCUAGCAAUAGUCUUCCUACUAUAAUGUACUGUGGCAAUGCAUCCUAACUAUAAGAUAUCAUGUAUAUGAAUAAAUUAUCAUAUCGAAUCUGCAAAAGGAUUUUCCUAAUAAAAACAACAGUUAAGAA